AUGAGACGUUUCCCUACUCCGUUGAUGAACUGUGGUUCUUUGAGCGUCAACGGGCAAGUGUUUUUGACGGCAUUCAAGAGUAACUGUGAUGAAGCCUUUGGUAGCGUGCCUUUUGACAUGAUGGCAGCCCUACGCUGCUUUGUGGAUCUAACGGUAGAUGUUUCCAGCCCAGUGUUAUACUUCAACCCUGGCUACGUCUACGCGUUGGACGAGUUGGCGGGCUUUGCUCUCGGUAUGAUUCCAUUGGCUGUGCUAAACGUCGAUCAACGCUACAAAACCUCUGCUGCCGAUAUUGCACGCAGGCUUCUUCACGGAAAAGUGAUUGUCUCCGUGAAUGAUGCAGGUGUUCGUCUGCUCUGUGGUGCGACAUCAUUUGAGUCGGGGGAUUACCUUGAAAUCGUUGUUCAUCAAGUCCGAGCGGCGUACACCAGUGGCUCAAUCGACAUCGAUGUAACGCGCGUGACGGCAAAGAUUGAGCCUGGAUCACUAUCUCACAUUGCAGAGCUAAGCCACCUCAAGCUGCAAGUAUGGUUAAAGUGGGGCUGCGUUGGUGAUCCGGCAAUGCAUUACAGCUACCCCAUCGAAUUUACUGGUGUUGACCAAGCUACUACUUCAGGCGAAGCAUUCACGCUUAGACUACCUCACUCAGACACCUACUCUACGACUCCGUUCGAAGCUUAUCAAGCUACAGAGCUGUCCGUCUUCAUCAGCGGAAGAAUUUGUCCUGUGGACCCAGAAAAUGUCGACCCAAACAGUGCCGACGGGUGGUCGAAGCGAGACAUGGCUGCGCGCACAGCCGUUGUGCUUUACAGCAAGAACGUUGAGUGGCUGAUUGGAUUCGGUCGCGUAUAUCAAAAGGUGCCCCAGUAUCCGUUGCCGCGGCGCAGGGGUCAUGAAAUCAAGGCCACCUUGCCAUCCCUAGACAUCUCAGACAUUCUCAAAGGACUGACAGUGGAGGAAUUCGACCUGAUCGGCCUGGAUUUAGCGUUAUAUGCGAGUGAGAAGCAUCCUGUUGGUGUUCGUGCCUUCCUUGACGACAAGAUCAGCUGCUCCGGGGCUUUGUUGAAGAGCUCACACGAAGUUUUUGUGGAUAUGGACAGCAAAGAUGACACGAGCACAACAGUGCGUCGGCUUUCAUUCUCCAUCGAGAAGUCGAGAUGGAUUGUCCACGAUGUGAACGUGGACGCUAGAGAUAUUCAAGUCCGUGUAUGCACCCCCGAGUCGGGAAGCAGAGGCGAGUCGCUUGUCAGUGUGAAAAGCGUGUCGCUUAUUGUCGGAGGCGGCACCGAAAGAGCACCAACGCACGACAAUGGCCAGAUGAAGUUGCACAGCCCUCCUCCGAUGAAGCGCGUUACGAAUGCCCAGCCCCUUCCGUUCUCCCAGUCCUCCAGCAGGGUGAGGGAACGACCAAAGCAAAGCAUUCUCGACUUUUUCGAGAUUCCUCACGAAAACCCGUUCAGUUAUCGAGAAUCGGACAGCGAUGCUGAAGGAGAGAUUGACGUGUGUGAAGCUCCAGAGGUUAGUAGCAGCGUUGAAGAAGGAGACAGCGAGGUACUUGACGAGUUCCGGCGGCUUGGUUUCCUGCUUGGAUUAUUAUCAAGCGAGGUACGAGUGACCGUCACAAUGGCCGCUUUGGCCUCUCUGGUGGACAUUGCGGACACGUGGGUUCAGGUCGUGGUUGCUAGUUUACCGGAACUCUUUGACACAGCCGAAACUGUCACCUUGCUUGAGCAGAAAGAAGAAGAGUUAGCAGAGGAAGAAAAUAUCGCGGAGGAUUCGGAUCCCAGUCCAAAGAAGUUCACGUCCCUCGCUCAAGACCCAAAGUUUAGCGGACUCUGCCUCCAGGGAGGAGCUGACGCUCCAGUAAGCAGGGAUAGCAGUUUGCGGUUUGAGCCAACUCCUUACUCAAACGCGGAUACGGUUCGACCUGCUAGGAGAAAGUCUAGCAAGGUAUUGAGCCAGUUAGAACCCCUCCGUACGAUGGAAGACACUUCGCCACGAGCUGUGAACUCAAAGAACGUCCAAGCGUUUAUCAUGGUGAAGUUUGAGGACUGUCAGAUCAGUGUUCAGGACCAUCUCAACAAAGGAUCGGUGCUGCUCGCGCUAAACGCUGGAACCUUGCAACACGCAGUGUCGACAGACUCCAGUCACGAGCGCAUCAACUUGAACGUCGACGGAUUCCAAGUGUUCACGGCGCUGCUGGAUGUGGAUGUGAAAUCUCACGCCAUUUGGCUCAAAACGCUCGCGGACGGAUCGUAUUCCCCGAGCUCGUAUGGUUUACUCCGGCAGAUAAUCGCACCGAUACCUGCACAAGUUACAAUUUGGAUUGACAAGGAGAAAACUAUCGUGAAAAACCGAGUGAAGCUGGACAUCCCUUCCGUUGAGGUGCAGGUGAACCCCGUAUGUAAGGGGACCCUCGAAAAGCUAUCGACAACCGCCACGGAGCUUAUCAACGCAAAGUUGACUGAGAAGAAGGGGGCAGACCAUUCUCACCUUCUGCACGGUUAUCUGCGAGAAGCGCAACACCAGGAACGGUCUCUUCACCAGCUCGUCGCUCUCAAGAAGCAGCUCAAGUGGAAAAUUUCCGCUUUACAGUGGCGUCAACUGUGUGGUUGGGACUACCGCAUGAACGAGCGUGCGAUGGUUGCAGUAACUGCAGCAGAAAAUGCCCGAAACCUCGCGUUCGAUGUCGAGACCUCACCAUUGUUCCGAAGACGCAAAAUGUCCUCCGCUUCGGUGUCCUCAGCCUCGACAAGUUUCAGCAUGCUCGGAUCCACAGCUACGAAUCGAUACGAAGACGAACAAUUUACAGAUGAGCUACAGAAAAUGACACAGCAGUACGAGGCGCUUUCCGAGGUGACGCGCUUCAUGGCAAACGAGCUCAAGAAGCAGCUAAAACCGAGCCCGCUGCCUAACGUGGACCUGGAAUUUGCACUGGAUCGCGCCUCCUUGACACUCAGCGGCGAUAAUGUCGACAUCCUUCGGGCGCAGAUGGGGUCGUUAUGCUUCAAGAUGCAGUUGUUCGAGGAUCACUCGGGAAACUUCGCACUUACUCUCCAGGAUCUAUCGGUCAGCAACCUCAGCCCGGGGACGCCGUAUCCAGACUUGUUGCUACCAGUCUAUUCGCGAACGUGGGAAGGCGAUGACAUGUUUCUUCGUGUUGACGCCGAAGUAGCGAAACCUGUUGGCAUCACUGUCGUGCAGCAUUUCGAGGUGAACGUCCACCCGAUACAGGUCUGCAUAACGCAAGAGGUGAUCAUGCAGCUGGUGGCGUUCUUCUCACCGUCAGACACCGCCAAUGUUGCCAAGGAGGAGCAGCGUGCGGAGGUGCGAUCCCAGUUCUUGCAAGCUCGUACUGCUAGCACGUCUGGCAGCGAUGGACGAGUCGGCUCGGCGAUUAUCAAGGCAGUCAAGGUCGCUGGUAAAGCUGCUGCGCACCCUCUCGGUCUCGGACGUACUCACCGUGGAGACAGCGACGAAGAUCUGGUGCCAGCAGGCCGGAAACCAAAGGGGGGAUCGCUUCAGCUUAUCCCCGAAGACCCGUCGCAGUGGAUCGCGAAACUCGCAAACUUGUCGGAGUCUAGCGAGCUGCCGUUGUUUGGGUCAACCGAUGAGAUGGACCAGCACCACACCACGGAGUCUGCAGAACGAGAGAUCAGCGAGAUGAAAGACCGAGCCAAGAACAUUUUGUUCAAGCGCAUUCGUCUCGGAGCGAUCGAAGUGGUGCUCACCUACAAGAACAAGAAGAGCGGCCUGGGCAACAGCAGCACACCGCACCUUCACAUCCCUCACGCCGCACAGCCUCAAGCGUUAGAAGACAUGCGAGGCUUCGAAGUCAAAACUCAUGCGCUGGUGUAUUGCGACAAAACGUGCUCCCCGCUGGACCUGGUCAUGCGGAUGCGACGCGAUAUUCUGCUGGACGUUCUCUCUCAGGUCGGACGCAACUUCACCAACAUCGGCAACUUCCUGCGCGACCAGUUUGACCCUUCUAGAUGGGCGGCCUUCGACGCACUAGCACCGCUGAAGUCCCUGUCCACGACAGUAUCUUCGCUGACAGCCAUCGGUCCGUCCCACGCCGGCGCAGUGCUGCCUCUAGCUGAUCAGACCGAAGGCGGGAAUCCUUCCGCCGACGCGAAGGCAAAAAGUGCUGAAGACACUCCCUCGAGCCCCGCGACUUCGACGUCAUUGCGUCCGACUGAGCUUCUGCACGAGUGGCAAGCUCCAUCGAGUCUCGACACGUUUAGCGACAACUACGACGCCGACAGCUCCACACCGACUACCCCGACAUCCACCGACGCCGCGCAUCCCAAGCAGGUUAAGGCCAAGCGCUCACUGGCCAAGCUCUUUUCCAGAAGGAAGUCCGCCAGUCCAUUGACCUCCCCGUCCGCGCAGUAG